GGGAUCAAGACGUGUCAAUUGGUAGGAAACGGCCGAGGGACUCAGCCCGCGGCCAGUUACAUCCCGAUAUGCGGAAACAAUCCAUCGUGUUUGGCUUCGAGGAAGCAGAGAGAAAGCCACUGGACCUCGUGCCAUCUGCUCGCGCCUUCCUUCAAAUCUGCUCCCAUCCCCAAAGCUUUCCGUUUCUAUCUCAGGCUGUUUGAAGAGCCUUCCAGAAUCAAAACUCUGUAGAAUUAAACAUUCGCGCCAAAUCUCAGACGAACACUCAACUCACCACCUUCGCCUCUACUCUCCUCACCAGCCAUUACCACUACCGCCCUCCCUCUCCAUCUUGUUCCAGCAGACCUCAGAAUACGCAACGUCAACUUUCCAAUACGAAUCGACGUCAAAAUGACCGCCACCACCAAGUCCAUGCUGCUCACGGCCUUUACCUUGGUGACAAUGGCAAUGGCCAUUCCUCCUCCCCUGUCCCGCCUCACCAGGGAGGACACCGUCCACCGCCGCGUCGAGGCGACUGCCACUCGCGACGCCAUGGGUCCCGUCUGCACCAACGGACUGCCGGCAUCGAAGCAGUACCAACCUGUCGCCUACCAGAUCAACGACUACACCGUGGUGACGGCGAAUGCCAACAACUGGACUUCAUACGCCGUCCAGCAGGACUGGUACCGCGACCACUUCAUCUCGGGCCCACAUGUCAUGAACUUCGCGCACGAUACCAAUCCCUACGGCCCAUACAAGUGCCAGUACACAUGCAACGCGGCCGACAACUGCAAUGCGUACUUUGUCUGGUAUGAGAAUGUUGGUACCGACACGGAGCACCUCAACUGUGUGCUUUUCAAUGCCGUAAUCCCGCCAUCGGUCUUUGUGCAGACUACCGGCACCAUCACGGCCGGUGCCUACGAUAGACUCUGCGACCAUUCUUCGGCGUAG